AUAGUUGCAAAUCUCUUCCCAAAAUCUGUAAACCGAAUCCCCAAAAACUAUGGACACGAAACCAAAUCACCACCUUCAAUCCCAAAACCCCUUAAAAAACCCUAAAAAUUCUCCAAAACCAGAUACAUUCAACCUCGAAAACACCAAACACCCAGCAACAAAACACAAACGAGCCAUGGAAAAGUUCAGAGAAACGAUAAUGAAGCUCGCAGAGUCUGAUCCAAACAGAGAACUAACGGCGACUCAGAGGAAUCUCAUUGACCAACAAUUUAUCGAUUUCUUCUCCGAUUUUCACACACCUGAUCAUCCCCCCUACGCAGCGAUGAUACAUAAGGCAAUUACAGAGUUGAAUGAAAAAGGGGGUUCAAGUGAGGAGUCAAUAUCAAAUUUUUUGAAAAAGGAGUAUCAUGAUUUGCCAUGGGCUCAUUUUACAUUGUUGAAGCAUCAUCUAAGGGAGCUUUGUGAUUGCGGUGAAAUUACUGUGACUCGGGGUCAGUGCUAUCUGCUUGCCGGUGUAAACCCUGAUAUGAAUUCAAGCACUAAACCUAGAAGGGCAAAAGUGAAAAGGAGGCGGAGGUGGGAGUGGUGGAAGAGACGGAGCAAGCGGCAGAAAAAAUGUGGGACAGGGGAAGAAAAUCGACAAAAAAAAGAACUAGUGCUAGUGAUUGAAAAACAAAAUCAAUGUAAUGGAGGAGGAGCCGAGUUGGUAGGAAAAAAGAAGACAAGAAACAAGGAAAAUGUUAACGUGGUUGAGGAACAUAGCCUAGUACAUGAACUACCACCCAAAGUGACAGAUAGAGAAAUGGAAGCAGAUGAAAACAAGAAUAAAGUGGUUGACAAUGAAGCACACAAACUAGAAAAUGGCCUGAAUGAAGGACAAGGUCAACACCAGAAGCAAGAGAUUGGAGCUAGUUCUGAGCAAGAGAAAGAGAAUGAUGUGAUCGAAGAGCAAAAUAAGCCAAAGAAACAGCACUUUGAAGAUAUUGAAGAGCAGCUUGAGGAGAAGCAGACAGAACUUGCUACUCCAGAAAGGCCGCCAGGUUUCGACACAACACCCAUUGAGGAAUUAUCUGAGUCACAGGAGUAUCAAGAAAAGGAUUUCAGUGAAGAUAAACCGCCCAAUUCACUGCAACCACCUAUAGCUUUUCUUUAUUUACCCAUCAAUUCAACGCAGCUUGGUCAAGAAUUGAAUGUAGAGCUUAUAAAGCCCAAAAGACCUCCAGAAGUUGAAAUAUCAACAUCUGGGGAAUUAUUUGAAAAACACAAACACGAGGUUCGGAUUUGUGGUAGCUAUGAUCAGCUAAAGCGACUUGAAUCCCAACCAGCUAGGGCAACUCUCAUGGAUAGAUCCACAGAGUCACCAAUGUUUGAGAAAGGGCGCCAAUCAGAGGCCCUCUGUUUAGACAGGCCUGCAAAACUCACAAGGAUCAGAGUUGAUGAUUUUUAUUGUGAACCACCUCAGCAAGCAGAUUGUAGUGGCCAACAAGCAGCCAGAAAAAUGAUAGACCCUCUUCAUAAACCCAUGGAUGCACAGCAGAUUCAUCAAGAAGAACAUCUGGUGCUUCCAGGUCCAUAUGGAACGACCCAAACAUGUGUUGAGAAAAGACUGCAUGACUUCCAGCCGGCAACAGUGACUACUUCCAUUGAUGUGCCAAUAGACUCACAACAGUUUGAGCCUGACGAGCAGCCAGCGUUCUCAAAUCAAAGAGGCUCUCCAGAGCUCUGCUGUCAGCAAAAGGCACCAAAAUCUGCGCCAUUGACUAACACAGCUUGUCACAUUGCACCUGUAAAUUUGGACCUGGUUGUGCAAGAGCAACAUGCAAUGUUUCAAAACUCUGAAAGGCCUUCCGAAGUUGACCUGGUAACAGUGGAGGAAUUGCCUCACAUGCUUCAGGAGGGAAAAGAGGAGCAACGAAAGCAAAGGCAGCAUCUAAGGCGAAGGAAUUCUGAGUACAAACCAGUUCUAUUGGCAAACACAAGGGGACCAUCCUCCUUGCAACAUCAGCAGCAACAUGCAGAGCUUUCAAAUUCACAAGGGCUACAAGAGGUAGAAUCAACAGCAUCAUUUAAGACUCUGGAAACCCAGAAGCAGCAAAAUAAGUUGUAUGGUCGACGAAAACAGGCUAAAUCCAAGCUAAGAGAAAUGCCAGCUCAAGAAGUACCCUUGAUUUUAGAGCAGACUGUGCAGGAGCAGUUACCGGAGCUUCUGAAUCCAGAAAAGGCUCUGGAUCUCGAGCCUACAGCAGUUGAGCCAGUAUCCGAAAAGCAACAGAAGCAACAAGAGCUGGGUGGAGAUCAAGAGGCACCUGAGUCCCUGCCAGGGACAACAUCACGAUCUUUUCAAUUACCCACUAUUUUGAAGCGGCUUAAUCAGAAAGAGCAACCUGAUUUAUCAGUUGCAGAGAGGCCCCUGGAGCUCGGAUCAGCGAGAAUGGAGCAAUCACACCAAAAGCAUCCACUGCAACCAGUGCUUCGGUUUUCACGAAGGCGUCUUGAGGUAGAGCAAACAGUAGUGGAGAAAUCCACCAUAGUGACAGAGCAGCGAGCAAAGCUCCGUAGUUGGCAAAAGCAGAAUUCAUGUCAACAAAAAUCAGCAAUUGGUUCACUUGAUUCAACUGCGAUGUCGCAACAGCUGGAGCUGGGCCAGCAAUCACAGCUCCAGAAUCCAGAGAGACCUUCAGAAAUAGAAUUGGCAAAGGAGUUUUCUCAGCAGCAGCAACAGCCAGCUGCACUAGAGGAAUCGGCACCACCAUGUCAUCAAAAUGAAUAUGAGCAGAAGCAGGCAGCUUGUCAAGACCGUGGGAGUCCUCCUAAAGCAAAAUUGGAGACAGCUACAACUGAGGAGGUAUUUUUGCAUUCUAACUAUCCAGAAGAUCCCCAGGAGGUGCAGCAGAAACUAAAUAAGGAACAACCAAAGCAUCGAGGCCGUGGGCGGCCUCCAAAGCCUCAACCAGCUACUUUGCCAUCGGAAAAGCAGCAGCAGCAGCAACCCAAUAGCCGAGGUCGGGGAAGACCUCGAAAGACGGACCAAAGAAAAUAAGAAUAGAAGCAAUGGUAACUGAAAAUUUCUGGUUAUUUGUGGUAGAAAUAACAUUAUGCUGCUUUUAGAGAUGGGUGUUUGUUCGUAGCAGGAUUCUGAAAUUGGCGACGGAAAUCACCCCUUGCUGUGUUUGCAUCGUAAGGGCAAGGCGAAAGUUACUUUCCCGCCGAUCCAAUGGUUACAUUGAGGAGAUGCUAGUGCAUUAUAUCACAGUCCUGCCCAUUCACGUUUCCGUUUGUUUUUUUUUUUGGGAGAUGCAAUUCAAAGAGAUCCCUAGUGCCUUUCUUUCUAGAUUCCUGUUUUCCUUAUUUUCUGUGACUUCCUGCCCUUAGUGUAGUGGAAGCAUAUGAACCAAUAAAAUUGGGGAGAGCUGAAUGUAAGUGAUGCCAGCCUAAUACUCCAAACUUCCGAAUCAAUAACUGCUAAGAUUAUGUUAGAGCAUCUCCAAUCCGUAUGUCAAAUGCUAGGUGGAUGGAAGCUCCAACGGCUCUUUUUGGCAUGUAAGGCUUCUCCAACCAGCAUGUCAAUUGUUGAUUGGACAAAAAUAAAUUUGACAUAUCACAAUAGAUGUCAAAUUUGACAAAUGGCAAUAAAUAUGUCAAAUUUUUUAAUGCAAUAUUUUAUGAAGUUGUUG